AUGGACCUCAAAACGCCCUUCCACGACUCAACGGCGUCCUCCUUCACCAUGGAUAACCUUCGUCCGCUGGCGCUGCGUAAACGGUCGCUAGAGGUGGUGCUGCCGAAGAGGAAAACCGUUAUUUUGGAUAAGGAGCCGCCGGUGAUGCGAGCUAGAGCGAAACUGCUGAUUGCUGAGCUCAGACUGGCGCCAAAGAGACCGCCGUUGCCGGUGAUGAAGUUGCAGCCGGCACUUUCAUCUUCGGUAUCUUCAAUUGGUGAUUCUAGGAACCCUAUGCUUCUGCCGCCGAAACCAGCAAAACUUCGUCGUUCCACGUCGCUUUUAACGCCAGCUGAGGCCUCUCAAACAGAUCGGUUCAUUCCUAGCCACCGCAACCUGACGCUGAAUAAACUCACGCCUCAGAACGAACAACCACAUCCCAAUGCCCUGCCGCAAACCCAUAUCAAGGCGCAAACGUCGAAAAUAUACCAGCAUCAUGUGGCCGAAGCGUGUGGACUUGAUGUGAAUUCUCGUAUUUUGUGCUACAGACCAGCACCGCCAGAAAGAAGCAAACCGCUCAGUGUGUUUAGCAGCGUCAACCAAAAGAGUGCUACUAAACUGGGCAGCUUGCUUAGACCUUCCGUGGCUUCUGCCAGAGCCAAAAAGAUCCCUACAGCGCCUGAACGGGUGCUUGACGCUCCAAAUAUCGUAGACGACUUCUACUUGAACUUGGUAGCAUGGGCUCUGAGCAACUUGAUUGCUAUUGGCUUGGAAGACACAGUAUACGUGUGGAACGCUUCCACAGGCCUGGUGGGGCUUCUUUGCGAGCUCGGCAAUUCCAUGCUUGUCACUUCUUUGCGCUGGUCUGAAGAUGGCUCUUAUAUAUCUGUGGGUAAGGAAGACGGCACUAUAGAGAUCUGGGAUAUCGAAACCAACCUGAGGCUAAGAACGCUUCUGCACGGAACAGGCUCCAGAGUGGCUGCCCACUGCUGGCUGUCUCAUUUGUUGGCGCUGGGGUCCAGAGAAGGCACUAUCUACCAUAGUGACGUGAGAGUGAACGACCACUUGGUUUCCAAGUUGGAAAACACCCAUGUGGCUGAAAUAUGUGGUUUGGAGUAUAGAGCUGAUUCCCAGCAGUUCUGUCUGGGCGCCAACGAUAACUUGGUUGCUGUUUGGGACGCCAGGCUGACCCUGGAGCCUAUUUUCAAGAAAACCAACCACAGAGCUGCCGUAAAGGCCAUGGCGUGGUGUCCGUUUCAAAACUCGCUUCUAGCCACCGGCGGCGGCACAUCAGACAAAACCAUCCAUUUCUGGAACACAUCCACAGGCGCCAGAGUCAACCUGAUUGAAACCGAGUCCCAGAUAUCUUCACUCAACUGGGGCUACGAAAGCAAAACAGGCUAUGAAGUGGUGGCCACACACGGUUACCCUCUGAAUAGCAUUUCCCUUUUCAACUACCCUACCCUCCAGAAAACUGGAGAGAUUACGCUGGCACACGAUUCUAGAGUGCUCAGUGGGUGCAUGAGUCCAGACGGGACCACAUUGGCAACAGUGGCAGGCGACGAGAACUUGAAGUUCUGGCCGUUGUUUGAUCUUCACAAGCAGAAGGCACUGGAGGAGCCUGCCGAGUUGGGCCACGAAAAACACAUGAAGCGGUUGAUGGAGCUUCGCUAG